AGAAAACAUAAACUUUAUUGUCAGAUCUGUGAGCUGGAAUGAGUUCAUGUAAAAGUGGAGGAAGCGUUCAUACACUUCAAAUACUCACGUUUCAGCUUUGAGUCCUAUAUAUACUUGCCCUUUCCCCGAGGGGGUGUGUGUGUUGUCACUUGGCUCGGAUUCAUUGUGUAUGUCAUCACAUUCCUCUGAAGUUAAGCACAUAUUGGCUCAUGCUCCAACUUCUCUUCCUACUCGCUCUACCUAUCAAUCUUUGUCCACUGCCACAGAGAAAAAACAACUUUUUAGUUACCUGCCUACUCUCCCGGUAGAGAAUGCAUUCAUGUGGAGACGAGUGUGUGUAUGCUGUGGGUGGAGAAGGGGAAGAAGGCGGAGUUAUGUUUGGUACUUUAAUGGGUUGUGGAGAAACCUGCCUGUCUGCUCGAAGCGGAGAGAGGAGGAGCCUGUUGGGUGUGGGACUCAAGACAAAGGAGACAUAUACUCAGUGACAUUAGAUCACUACAGCAAAAGGAGAGGCACAGGAGGACAACUCCUGGAAGACUUUUUAGUGUUCUGGAAAACUUUUUGUGUUCGUCAGCUGUGUGGCCCAAUGUGUGAGUUGAAGGAUGUUCGUGCUGUUGUUCCCAUAUGCUGUCUGUAGCGUGUAGAAGUGUGUGGGUUAGUAUGUUUGGGAUGGAAAAGUGGGGCUGGCACAACCAACACCUCUGCUCUUAGCUUCACGCCAUGGGGGGUUGCCAUAGUUACCCCUCGGCCACGAAGUCAGACAGGCAGCGUCUUCAGCUCUCUGGCAUCCGCAGUGAAAAACUGGGAAUUAAUAACAAUAAUCUGGACGAGCGUCCGUAUUUGCAGCAGCAGUUUUUGUGCCAGAAGAUCCCCCACACGGACAUGCUCGCCCUCUCGGCGCUGCCGCCUGGCGUCGACAAGGCCGAGUGGCUUGCCAGCAACACUGUGGCCUUUUUCCAGCACAUAAACCUGUUCUCCAGUGCGCUGUCCGAGUUCUGCACACCCAGCACCUGCCCAACGGCCUGUGGACCGGGCAACACGGUUUAUGUUUGGACUGAUGACCACGGCAGGAAGCUCAAGUGCUCUGCUCCACUUUACUUUGACUACGCCAUGUCAUACAUUCAGGAGCUACUGACGGAUGAGGAUGUCUUCCCCACUAAAGCAGGUUCAGACUUUCCAACAGGCUUUGUCUUUCUGGUCCAGAAGGUGUUUUUGCUGUUUUUCAGAACUCUGGCUCACAUUUACUGGUCUCAUUACAGAGAGACAGUGGCCCUCGGCCUGCACCCACAUCUCAACACGCUCUUUGCACACCUCACACUUUUCUGCCGGCAGCAUGCCCUCUUGGAGGCGGAGGACACUGAGCCGUUGCAGGACCUCAUCAGAGCGCUGAGAGAGCAGGGCUGAACCAACAGAGCAAGCUUACGUUCAACACUCACAUUUUCAGCAGCUAUACAUACUUGUUCUAUCUUGAUUCAAGGUUAUAGUGUCUCUCACCAUUCUGGGCCACACUGCAAAAGCAUGGAUUUCUACUGGAUACUGUGAAUGAACUGUAUUUGGGACUAUAAGUUAUCUGUUAUGGGUAAAAAAGGAAGGAAUACAUCAGACCAGAAAAGGCGUGUCUCGCUCUAGUUGUAUAUAGUUGAUGUCAGUUAUUGUGAUACUGUGUAAAUCUGUGAUAUUGCAUUUUAAUACUGGUGCAGUAUUAUAUUUAGUUAAGGUCAAGAUCCCUCAAGGUCAUUAAUGUCUUACUCAUGGUUGUAACACACAUGAUUUAAAAAACAAACAAAAAAAUAAGCAUCCAGUCAAUGUAAACGCGGCCUUAUUACAUGUUGAACAAUUGCAAAAACCUUUUGGGGGUUUUGUGUUGAUACAGAUGUGAUUACAAUAACGAGACUGCAUCUAUGUGGAAGGAUGCAACCUAUUUCUGCAACUGCAUAAUGUAAGAUUAUGUGCUCUGUACUAAGCACGUGUGAAGGACCAUUUUCUGUAUGUAUAUAUUUCUUUCUUUUUAUUAUUUUUUUUAAAAGAUGUAUGCUCUCAGUUAUAUAUAAUAUUCUAUAUCAUGUCUUGGUUUGACAAUAACUGCUGGUGUUGUAAAUUCAGCAUGUCUUUGGUGAGAGAGCAGCACCACCUGCUGCCAACACAGGAAAGCAGCAUCUGUCAUUUUUGAACAUAAUUGCAUAAUGCUUGUUUUUUUGGCCUCGGCCUAUUGGAAAUAAAACAAUGGCAAUCCA